AUCAGUAGACUUUUUUGUCACUUCAGUUUAUUCUUCCUGGUCUGUAUAUAGAGUGGAAAAAUAGAGAAGAGGGGAAACGCAGCAUUCCCUCGGAUCUCCGAUUGUAACCAUGAGAGCUCGAGCAGUCGUAUAUCCGCUUCUUCUUGUCCUCCUUGUCUUAAUCACCUCAGCCUACUCGUGGAAGAAGGAGGAGUUUCGAAACUGCAAUCAAACCCCAUUUUGCAAAAGCGCCCGUUCCCGAAAACCUGGAUCUUGCAAUCUGAGGGCCACCCAUGUGUCCAUCUCCGAUGAUGGGGAUCUCAUAGCCAAACUUGUUCCCAAACAAGAAGAAGAAGACCCCAAUAAUGAGCUUUUGCUUCUCACUCUUUCUGUCUACCAAGAUGGUGUCAUGAGGUUGAAAAUUGAUGAACAUCAUCCACCCAAGAAAAGAUUUGAAGUUCCUGAUGUCAUUGAGGAUGAUUUCCUCAACACCAAGCUCUGGUUAACCACAGUUAAGGAGGAGCAAAUCGAUGGUAGCGUUUCCUCUGUUGUUUACUUGUCUGAUGGGUAUGAAGGGGUGUUGAGACAUGACCCAUUUGAGGUUUUUGCCAGGGAGAAAGGUAGUGGGAAGAGAGUGUUGUCCAUAAACUCAAAUGGGUUGUUUCAUUUUGAACAGUUGAGGGACAAGAAAGAAGAAGGGGAUGAUUGGGAGGAGAAGUUCAGGAGUCAUACUGAUACAAGGCCUUAUGGCCCACAAUCAAUUAGUUUUGAUGUAUCUUUCUACGGUGCAGAUUUUGUUUAUGGCAUUCCUGAACAUGCUACUAGUCUUGCUUUGAAACCAACUAGGGGGGCUAAUGUGGACGAAUUUUCUGAGCCUUAUAGGUUGUUUAAUCUUGAUGUGUUUGAGUAUCUUCACGAGUCCCCUUUCGGGCUAUAUGGUUCAAUUCCUUUCAUGAGUUCACAUGGGAAAGCCAGGGGUAGUUCGGGUUUUUUCUGGUUGAAUGCUGCGGAAAUGCAGAUUGAUGUAUUCGGAGCAGGUUGGAAUUCUGAUGAGAUAAUGUUGCCGUCGGACAAGCACAGGAUUGAUACUUUAUGGAUGAGUGAGGCUGGUGUAGUGGAUACAUUCUUUUUCAUUGGUCCUGGGCCAAAAGAUGUGGUUAGGGAGGCGGAAUUAAUACCACCCAGAGAGAACAAAACAAGAUUUAAGGGAGGCGGUAUAACUCAUGUGCUGCUCUUUUUAGAAAUUUCCAAAAGUUGGCUUUCUCAAGAAAGAAAUACACAAUUGAUGAGGGAAGCGAUACACGUUCGUUACAUGUAUCUUCCUUAUUUCUAUACUCUAUUUCGAGAAGCAAACUCAAGUGGUACUCCAGUUGCUCGUCCACUUUGGAUGGAGUUCCCUGGAGACGAAAAAUGUUUUAGCAAUGAUGAGGCUUUCAUGGUUGGGAAUGGUCUUCUGGUGCAAGGAGUUUAUACAGAGAGAGCGAAACAUGUAUCUGUCUAUCUACCAGGGGAGGAAUCCUGGUAUGAUUUGAGAAGUGCAUCUGCAUACAAAGGUGGUCAUACACACAAGUAUGAGGUUUCAGAAGAUAGUGUUCCUUCUUUUCAAAGGGCUGGAACUAUCAUACCAAGGAAAGAUCGUUUACGUCGGAGUUCGACGCAGAUGGAAAAUGAUCCUUAUACUCUGGUUAUAGCUCUUAAUAGUGCCCAGGCAGCUGAAGGUGAGCUUUAUAUCGAUGAUGGGAAGAGCUUUGAGUUCAAGCAAGGUGCCUUUAUUCAUCGGCGUUUCACAUUCUCAAACGGAAAGCUUAUAUCUUCAAAUGCAGCCCCUUCUACAGCUGGCAGUAGCAUAUUUUCUUCUGAGUGCACUUUAGAGAGGAUAAUCUUGUUAGGAUUGUCUCCUGGAGCUAAAACAGCCCUUAUUGAGCCAGGAAACAAGAAAGUGGAAAUUGAGCUUGGGCCACUCUUCAUUCACGGAAAUCGAGCAUCUGUUCUCACCAUUCGCAAGCCUAAUGUGCGUAUUACAAAUGAUUGGUCCAUUCAAAUUUUGUAAGAAGUUGGUAGUUAUAAUGAAGACUACAAUUUCCUCCUGUCCGUUCAUCUUGUAUUGGGUUAGACAAGCUAAUAGGUAAAUUCUUACUAGAAGAAUUAAACAUUGGUGAAGGUUGUUAUACAGGGAUAGUUCGACGCU